AUGGCGCCCAGCGAGCGAGCGUGCUGCUUGUGUCCUGCACGGCCCCGCUUUGCCCCUGGAGUUACCAUCGAGGAAGACAACUGCUGCGGCUGCAACGCCAUCGCCAUCCGGCGCCACUUCCUGGACGAGAACAUGACCGCCGUGGACAUCGUCUACACCUCCUGCCAUGAUGCGGUCUAUGAAACCCCCUUCUACGUGGCAGUGGACCACGACAAGAAGAAGGUGGUGAUCAGUAUCCGGGGAACCCUGUCCCCCAAGGACGCCCUGACGGACCUGACCGGUGACGCCGAGCGCCUCCCUGUGGAGGGGCACCAUGGCACCUGGCUGGGACACAAGGGAAUGGUCCUCUCGGCUGAGUACAUCAAAAAGAAGCUGGAGCAGGAGAUGGUCCUGUCCCAGGCCUUCGGGCGAGACCUGGGCCGCGGAACCAAACACUACGGCCUGAUAGUGGUGGGCCACUCCCUGGGCGCGGGCACCGCCGCCAUCCUCUCCUUCCUCCUGCGCCCCCAGUACCCGACCCUCAAGUGCUUUGCCUACUCCCCGCCAGGGGGCCUGCUGAGCGAGGACGCCAUGGAGUAUUCCAAGGAGUUUGUGACAGCUGUGGUCCUGGGCAAAGACCUUGUCCCCAGGAUCGGCCUCUCCCAGCUGGAAGGCUUCCGCAGACAGCUCCUGGAUGUCCUGCAGAGAAGCACCAAGCCCAAAUGGCGAAUCAUCGUGGGGGCCACAAAAUGCAUCCCCAAGUCGGAGCUGCCCGAGGAGCUGGAGGUGACCGCCCUGGCCAGCACGCGGCUCUGGACCCACCCCAGUGACCUGACCAUCGCCCUGUCAGCCAGCACCCCUCUCUACCCCCCCGGCCGCAUCAUCCACGUGGUCCACAACCACCCAGCGGAACAGUGCUGCUGCUGUGAGCAAGAGGAGCCCACGUACUUCGCCAUCUGGGGCGACAACAAGGCCUUCAACGAGGUGAUCAUCUCGCCGGCCAUGCUGCACGAGCACCUCCCCUACGUGGUCAUGGAGGGGCUCAACAAGGUGCUGGAGAACUACAACAAGGGGAAGACGGCCCUGCUCUCUGCUGCCAAGGUCAUGGUGAGCCCCACGGAGGUGGACCUGACUCCCGAGCUCAUCUUCCAGCAGCAGCCGCUGCCCACGGGACCACCCGUGCCCGCCGGCCUGGCCCUGGAGCUGCCGGCCGCAGACCACCGAAACAGCAGUGUCAGGAGCAAGUCCCAGUCUGAGAUGAGCCUGGAGGGCUUCUCGGAGGGGCAGCUGCUGUCCCCUGUGGCCGCGGCAACCCGCCAGGACCCAGUGGAGCUGCUGCUGCUGUCCACCCAGGAGCGGCUGGCGGCCGAGCUGCAGGCGCGGCGGGCGCCGCUGGCCACCAUGGAGAGCCUCUCGGACACGGAGUCGCUGUACAGCUUCGACUCGCGCCGCUCCUCCGGCUUCCGCAGCAUCCGCGGCUCGCCCAGCCUCCACGCCGUGCUGGAGCGCGACGAGGGCCACCUCUUCUACAUCGACCCUGCCAUCCCCGAGGAGAACCCGUCCCUGAGCUCGCGCACCGAGCUGCUGGCGGCCGACAGCCUGUCCAAGCACUCGCAGGACACGCAGCCCCUGGAGGCCACCCUGGGCAGCGGGGGCAUCACCCCCGAGCGGCCCCCCAGCGCAGCCGCCCACGACGAGCUGGAAGAAGGGGGUGGCGGCGGGACAGCCCCCCGCGGCGGAGAGCUGGCGCUGCACGACGGGCGCCUGGGGGACUCGCCCAGCCCUCAGGUGCUGGAGUUCGCAGAGUUCAUCGACAGCCUCUUCAACCUGGACAGCAAGAGCAGCUCUUUCCAGGACCUCUACUGCAUGGUGGUGCCCGAGAGCCCCACCAGCGACUACGCCGAGGGCCCAAAGUCCCCCAGCCAGCAAGAGAUCCUGCUCCGCGCCCAGUUCGAGCCCAACCUGGUGCCCAAGCCCCCAAGGCUCUUCGCUGGCUCGGCUGACCCUUCCUCGGGCAUCUCGUUGUCACCCUCCUUUCCACUCAGCUCCUCGGGCGAGCUCAUGGACCUGACACCCACGGGCCUCAGCAGCCAGGAGUGCCUGGCAGUGGACAAGAUCCGGACUUCCACCCCCACCGGCCAUGGGGCCAGCCCCGCCAAGCAGGAUGAGCUGGUCAUCUCGGCACGCUAGCACCCCAGGAGUUGCUGCCAGCUGAGGCCCGGGCCAGAGCAGGUGGCUCCUCAGGCUUCUGGUGGCUGCCCCCCAGGCCGGGCAGCUUUGAGGAGAGGCCCCCGCGGGGCCAGUGUAGCCUCAGGCAUUGGGCAUUGCUGCUGAGCUGGGGGUCCGCAUCCCUACCUCAGCUUUGGAACCCCCAGAGCCAAGGCAGCUGGGAUCUGGGCCCUCCAGAUAGGGAAUGACAGGGAGGGGCGUGGAGCAGGGAGAAGCCUGGGGCAGCCUGCCAGGUGGACAGGGAAACACUCCGCCCUCUCAGCCUGAGUGCCCCCCACAGGGGCAUCCUGGCACCUCCUAUUCCGGGACAGGCCAUGAGUAUGCUGACUCCCCGUCACCGCCCUCUGGCUGCUCUCCCAGGGUGGACAUGGAGAGCGGCCCCCUCCCCACGUAUUCUCAUCUGUGGUCCAGGCUGGCAUCUGCCCUGGCCACCCCCAGAUCUGGUGCCUGCUGGCCAGCCCCCUGGGGUGACCCCCCCCCACCAAGGUGGCCCGCAGUGCUGUGUAUGUUUACAGAAGCUGCUGGGCUGGGCUCAGGAUGUGUCCUGGGCUUGCAGGCCCCCUGACCCCUGCUGCAAUCACGUGUUUAGUAGCCCCUUUCUGGGCAGGCGGGCGCCAGCCUCCACAGGGCCCAAGGCAGCCAUGGGGCCUGGAGGGGCCUACAGGAGGGUGGGGUCAGGGCCGCCCCUUCUCUGCUUGAUAUCCCUCAUGCUGGUCCCUCGGUCCAUGGGUCCUGGGAACCCAGGCCUGCCCCAUUACCUCCUGGCCUGCCUUCUACCCCCGGGGAUCCUGGCCACUCAAAGGGUAGAGGGCACAGGUGUGACCACCCCUGCCUGCAGAGUCAGUACCCUGGAAGGAAGGAGGGCCCCACCAAACCCCCUUUUCAUCACCUGCCCCCAGGCCUAGGCACCCCAGGCCCUGGGCUCUGCAGCCAGACACGCCUCCACUCUGCACAGCUGCCCCUCCCCGCUGGCCUGGGCUCUCUCCUGGGAGCGGGCCUCUCUUCCCUCCCACCCCCAAUGUCCCGUUGGCACUAAGUGGAGCCAAGCGUCGGGUAUUGUGGGACCCAGCUAGAGACCCGGGAGGGCCAGGUGCCCUGGGGCCAUCCCAGUUUAGCCUGAGGCCUCCACAGCCCCCACUUGGGAGGGUUCCUUCCCUGCUGCGUUGGAGAAGCAGCGGGGAAGUGGAGCCCCCGCCUGUCCCCAGAGGCAGAGUGGGGAGGGGGCGCAUGCCGGCGCGGGGCGUGUGUGUGCAUGUGCAUGCGUGUGUGCCGAGGAAGGGGCUGCUGGGGCACCCUCCCCGCCCUGCCCGCCCUGCCUGCCUGCUGCCCCUCCCAGCCUGCCAAGAAAACAGGCAGCAGACGUGAUGGGCACCAUGUGGCGGGGGCCGCGGACGAGCUCGGCUUCGGACACGGCCCGUCCCCCUCGUCUCGCCGGCUGCUCUGACCCCUGGUUUGGAAAACUGGUGUGUGCCGAGGCGUUGGCCGCCCGCUUUUGCCUUCAUUUCCUUGGAGGCAAGGUCCCCCAACUCUGGGCCCGCCCAUGGCCUCCCUCGGUUGGCUAGGCUCCCCUGACCAAGACCCCCGUCUCAUGAUCACUGGUACCUGGGACCCCUGCCCACCCUGACACAUGGGGACAGAGACCUGGGAGCUGGGCCUCCCUCACCCUCUGCGACUCCCAAACCUCAUCAGCCCCAUCAGGCUUCUGCCCCUGCUGGGCCCACUCCCUUUCCCGCACAAAAGCAAGACGGCAUCAGUGGCUCUUCAAGUUUAAAAAGUAAUAAUAAUAAGACAAAUCAUAAAUCAGAGUAAAGUUCCAACAAGCACCCCAGCCCAUAGCAGGGAGACUUGGGGUCUGGCCUUUUAACUCCUCCUCCACCAGGGUGGGCCUGGGAUCUCUGAGGGGGCGUGGUGCCCACCCAUGCCCAGGACUGAGCCAUCAGGGACAGACCCCCCCACCCCCAAGGCUGCAGCCGCACGGGGUUACAGCCUUGGGGCUGGGGCAGGCUCGGACUCAGCCCUGGACGCUCCAGGGUCAGCCCACAUCCCACGCGCCCCCUCCCCCCCUCUCCCCUGCAGGAUGGGCCUGCUGCGUGUCUCUCCCUUCCUCUGCACACCACACCUGGGGGGGUCUGAGCCACCCUCCUCAGCCCAGCUCGGCUCAGACCGACCCCCACUCUGUCCCCCAGACCUGCAGCACAAGGUUUCCCGGCCGUACGCUGGCCUGUCCUCCCAGGGGCCCGGGCGACCUCCAUAUGCAAUCGGUAGUGAGCAGCUGGGCCCCGCAGACACUCAUGCACUGUACGUGCCAUUCUCCCAUGACUUUUUUUGUAUUUAAUGUAUGAAAGAUCCAAACUAAUA